GUGACUCCCUUCAGGCUGGUCCCUCUCCCUUCUCCCCCCUCCCCGAGCCCUGGCGAGCGCUGCUGUGGACCAGAGCCUCCCGGGCAGAGGACCAGCUGGACCUCGGACUCUGCAGCCCUUGAGGCCGGUGCCCUUUCCCGCUCUGGAAAGGAAGAGAAAUGGAAGUGAAAAGGCUGAGCAUUUCCUGGCAGUUCUUGAUAGUUCUGAUUCUGAUCCUGCAAAUUUUGUCUGCGUUGGCUUUUGACCCAUACCAAAUCCUGGGGGUCACCCAAAAAGCCAGUCAGGCUGAUAUUAAAAAGGCUUAUAAGAAGCUCGUCCGGAAAUGGCAUCCCGACAAAAACAAGCAUCCUCAAGCAGAAGACAGGUUCAUUGAAAUCAGCAAAGCUUACGAGAUUCUUUCCCAAGAAGCAAAGAGAUCUGAGUAUGACGCCUUUGGAUCUGGCGGAGAGAACACGGACUUCCCGCGGCACCAUGAGCAUCGCUUCCGCCAGCACGCAGGAAACUUUUAUUUCGAAGAAUCUUUUAUGCACUUCCCCUUUGGUUCUUCGGAUCAUCAGGAGCCCAUUGAUGAGAAACAUUUAUUGCACUUUUCACAUUAUGUGAAUAAAGUGGUCCCCGAUAGCUUCAAGAAGCCCUACCUCAUUAAGGUCAUCUCCGAUUGGUGCUUUACCUGUGCCCACAUAGAGCCUGUUUGGAAAGAAGUCGUUGAAGAACUGGAAGUAUUGGGUGUGGGCAUCGGUGUGGUCCACGCCGGGUACGAGAGGCGCCUGGCCCGUCACCUGGGGGCCCAGAGCACACCCUCCAUCAUCGGAGUCAUAAGCGGGAAAAUCUCCUUCUUCCAUAACGCGGUUGUCCCGGAGAACCUGCGGCAGUUUGUAGAGAAUCUUCUUCCAGGGAACUUGGUGGAGAAAGUUACAAACAAAAAUUAUGUCCAAUUCCUCUCUGGCUGGCAGCAAGAUAAUAAACCACAUGUCCUUCUGUUCGACAAAAUCCCGGAUAUACCACUGCCAUUCAAGCUGACUGCGUUUGCACACAAAGACUGGUUUUUAUUUGGAUACGUGCAUGUCGGUACGAGAGGGGCGGAAGAGAUGACGAGGCAGUUCAACGUCAACGUCCAUGCUCCCACCAUCCUGGUCUUCAGAGAGUACACAGACAAGCCUGCAAAUGCCAUCCAGGCCCCACGUAUGAAAGAAGAGGCCAUUAAUAACUUCUUCACCCAAAACAAGUAUCUGUUUGCAACCAGGCUCACCAACCAGAAGCUGUUCCAGGAACUCUGCCCGGUGAAGCGGUCUCACCGCCAGAGGAAGUACUGUGUGGUGUUACUGACUCCUGAGGCCGCCAAGUCCAGUCAGCCCUUUGAGGCCUUCCUGUCCUUCGCGAAGGCAAACUCACAAGACAUGUUGCAGUUCAUGCAUGCCUACAGCGAUCGGCAGCCGGAGUUUGCCAACGCCUUCCUGCCGGACAGUGAGGCGUUCCGAGGGAAGUCGGUGGUGUCUAUCUUAGAAAGGCGCAACAUGGGGGGCAGGGUGCUCUUUAAGACCCUGCAGGACCCCUGGACCGGGAGCGAGAGUGAUAAAUUCGUCCUCCUGAGUUACCUCGAGCAGCUGCGGAAAGACUCCACUCUUCUGUCCUCGGAAGCUGUGCUCCCCGACUUGAUCGAUGAGCUUGCCCCUAUGAUCCUCGUUCGGUGGCUUUUCACGGCCGCUUCCUGCAUCGCAGACUGCUUGGAAGACCUGUACCACAACAACUGGCGAGAAAUGAUUCCCCUCCUGUCCCUGGCCUUCUCCACCAUCUUCGUCCUCUUCGGCACCUUCAUCAUCCAGGCCUUCUGUGACUCCAACUAUGAUCGCGAGUCAAAACAUCCCGACAAAAGGAAAGCCCAGGAGAAGGCCGAGAAGACCGUGUCCAGCCUCACCAAAGAGAGCACCAGCAAGGUCCCUAAAAAAGGCUUUGUGGAGGUGACCGAGCUCACGGAUGUGACGUACACCAGCAACUUGGUGCGCCUGCGGCCAGGCCACAUGAACGUGGUCCUCAUCCUGUCCAAUUCCACCAAGACCAGCCUCCUGCAGAAGUUCGCGCUGGAGGUCUACACGUUCACUGGGAGCAGCUGCCUGCACUUCUCCUUCCUGAGUCUCGAUAAGCACAGGGAGUGGCUCGAGUACCUGCUAGAAUUUGCUCAGGACGCAGCCCCCAUCCCAAACCAGUACGACAAGCACUUCCUGGAUCGUGACUACACGGGUUACGUGCUGGCCCUGAACGGCCACAAGAAGUACUUCUGCCUCUUCAAGCCCCAGAAAACCGUGGAGGAGGAGGAAGCCCUGGGGGCGUGUGACCCGGACCCCUCCCUGCCCGAGGGGGAGUCCCGAGGGAAACCCGGCGGCCUGGGGCCCAAGCCCCUCAAAGGGAAACUGAGCAAGCUGUCCUUGUGGAUGGAGCGCCUGCUGGAAGGCUCCUUGCAGAGGUUCUACAUCCCGUCCUGGCCUGAGCUAGACUGAGGGGCCGCGGGAGAGACGGGAUCUCCCAGACCCUCUGCAGGCCCCGCGCACAGGUAUUUGCAGGACUCCACCUCUCACGGCGGACAGAGUCUAGAUUUUAGGUGAUUCUUCUAGGGCAGUGUGAGAAGACCCUCUCCUUUGUCCUGCUUUGUCCUGUCCUAACCUAGGAGUGAAAAUAUUUUCCUUUGGGGUAUUCUCUCCUGUCCGAAUGCCGCACUAUUUAAAAUAGACCGCUCAUUCCUCUUCCCUACGGUCCUGUCCGCGCUCACAGCCCCUCCCCCGUCCUGGGUCUGUGCCCGGAGAAGCACAGAUGCUCGCCCUGCAGCAGUACCAGGACGGAACCUCAGGAGCCUGGUGUGCUGGUCGCUGGCCCAGUGUUCACCUGCCUCCCCCGCGUCCCACCCCCAGCCCACCCCCGGCCGCUGAGCUUCCGCUGCGGUGCAUGCUGUAACCGUGGGACAGCCCACAGCAGCUUCUGGGCCCGCGGCCUGAAGGAGGCCUGGCUCCACGGGAUCUUCCGUUCAGCAGUCUUUCUGGCAGUAAGCGCCUAAAGGCGAUUUUGGGGGUAUCCCCCUACUGCAGUUUGUCAGCCAUGGUUUUAAAAGUAUAGGGAUGAGUGGGGGUUCUGCAUGUGAGUUUGGGUUCCUCCCCAAGGCAACAGAGGGAGGGCUGGGCAGUGACCCCCUCCUGAGCAUCCCCUCGGCCGCCUCCCCAACACGAGAAGGAGCGAGAGGGACCCGCACGGCAAGAAGUACUGUGACGACUUGAGCCAUUUACGCGUGUUUUAGAUGCCUUUCUGCCUCUGUCAGUCGUAGGGUAUGGAUAUUAGGAGCCAUAACUUGAACCUUGUUCUCUGAACGUAGAGAUAAGCUGCUAUAAGCCAGUAGAUGUUAAACUGAAGACACACUAUUCCCACCUGCCAUGAGUGGUGUAUCUAGUAAAAUUUCAGACACGUCUGUGUAUCAAAGAACCUAACAUUUCUCAGCAAUCGUAUUUUGAGCAGUUACCCCAAAAGUACUGUAUCUUCAAGUCCUCAUUUGUGACAAGUGAACCAAGACUUGUUCUAGACUCCUGUUGUGCAAAAGGCUUACUCUGAGCUCCUGUAUUUUGAUGUCUCGUCUCAAUCAUCUCACUCCUAACUUACAGCUACGCCACCUGUCCUGGCACCAGCUGGCUGAGCUCAAGCUGAGAUGGAUGCCAGGCUGGAUCACUCCAGAGCUAGAGAGCUUACCUUUUCUCUUUAGGGCAAGACUACCAUAGGGCGUGGACAGCCUCACAGAGUGGUCUAUUCCAUUGUCAAAGCAGGUGGCCCUUUAAGGGCAAUUUGUCAAGUGGAAGUUCAAAAUCAGUGAUGGGACAAAGUAAGUCGGUAUUUUCUUUAAUCAUAACCGCUUUAAACUAAGCCAUUUGGAUCCCAAAUGACUGAAAUAGCGAGCUACAGGGACAGGUAGUAAGUUAUUUGAGCCCAGGAAUUUCUGUAGUUUGCAUGGAAUCUACAGCUUUCUGGAAAAGGUGAAGAAUCACGGCCAGGCUUCCCUCUCCUCGUGGUCCUUAAACGUGGGUGCUUACCCCGAGGGCCGCCUCCGAGGGCACCUGACUGGGUAGAAAUGAUCACGGGAUUCAUUUGGCUCCUCAAAGUUAUUUCCUGGGUCUUUUAGGGUCAGGUUACUUAAAUGAGCAUGUUUUGCUUUUAUGGUAGAUUUUAAUUUCUGGUACUAAUGGGAUUCCUGACCAUCAUUUCUAAAAACCAAAACCUCACCAGAUUGGAUUUUU